AUGAUCUGGUCCACCCGCUUGCUGCUCUUGGCGCAUUAUGUCGCUGCGCAAGAUGACCUGAUGUCCUUUGUUACACUUCCGGAAAUCAGAGCCCUCAAACUUGAUAUUAAUUACGAGCACCGCGAUCGCGUCGCACCGGGAUAUUGGUUUGUCUCACCAUACCUCCAUAUCGAGCCUGAUGCGCCCACGAGUAUCUACGAGCCAUAUCAGACUGGCCCCCAUAUAUAUGAUCAAGAUGGACACCUCGUCUGGACGGGAUCGCCCAUGUUUAACAACCGCAACGUCUUCGAUUUCAAAGUCACCAACAGUAUUGGGCCAAUGCCUCAUAUUUCUUUGAUUUUAGAGUAUAGUGAUAACGAGCGUGGAUUUGGAUAUAUCUUGAAACCCGAUUACGAAACCCUUUACAAAGUUCCUCUCCGGGACGACUUGGGAAAUUUCGACAUUCAUGAGUUUAACGUCCUGGAUAACGGCAAGACGGCCCUAGUUACGAAUUAUCUUUCUCAGGAGAUCACUUUGGAGGCAUAUGGACGUCCCGGGGAAAAAACAUGGCUUGAAUACGGUGGAUUCUCCGAAAUCAAUCUUCACAACGCAGAGGUUCUCUACCAUUGGAACUCCUUUGAGCCGAUCCCGCUCCUGGAGAGUGUACACUACAACCAAGGAUCACCUACCGAGGGGAUUCCAGGCUGGGACUACGUUCAUAUCAACUCAGUCGACAAGAACUCCAAUGGUGAUUACCUGAUUUCCAUGCGAUUCACAAACACCAUAUAUCUUAUCUCUGGCAUUGAUGGGGCUAUAAUGUGGCGUCUCGGUGGAAGUGGUAUAAGUGACUUUUUCCAAGACUUUGGAUUCUCCAAGCAACACGCUGCCAAAUUCCUAGAGUCUUCAGGAACGCAUCACAUCAUCACAUUCUUGAAUAAUGCGUCUGACGAAGAAUUCAACUCGGAGGAUUUUUCAUCUGCCUUGAUCGUAGAUAUCCAGGCUGGUCCAGAGGGUCCGAAGACUGCUCAGGUUCUCCGACGCUACGACCGUCCCGACCAUGGUCUUACACGGCUGCGUGGAAACUCGCAGGUGCUACCAAAUGCAAACAUGUUUGUCUGCUGGAGUCAGGGUGGUUAUAUCUCCGAGUUCUCCCCAGAGGGAGAAGUGCUUAUGACUGCCAAUUUCCAAUCUCCGCGCUUCUCGACCUACCGAGCUUACAAAGCCGAGUUCACCGGUCGCCCUAAUACGCCACCUGAUCUCGUUUCGUCCGUAUCUGGUACCGAUGAAACCAACCUAGUGACCACCUUGCAUGUCAGUUGGAAUGGUGCCACCGAUGUAGCGUCAUGGAAAUUCUAUGCCCAGGCUUCCGAGUUCGACAGGCCUGUUUUCAUAAGCAAGGUCGCCAAGGUUGGCUUCGAAACUAUGCUCAUGGUCCCUGGCUAUAUGGAUUGGGUAUCUGUCGAGGCUGUGACCAAGGACAAUCACGUCUUGGGUACUUCCAUGGUGCACCGUACUAAGUUCCCCAACUGGAAGGCUGUUGGUUACUCAGGUUAUAUAGAGUCUCCAAAGCCGCAGGACCCAGUAAAAGUCGUCAAGGCUGCAGGAGGCGGUUCAAUAGAUAAGCUCACUGAUCUUAGCUCCGCAUCAGACGAUGAUGCGGCAACUGCUGAGGUCCGGAAAGCAACUAAGAUGAUUCAUAACUCUUAUGAGGCCAUCCGCACCAUCGGUGGUUUCUUCACGGUCAUUUUACUCUUGCUUGUCAUGUUUGGCAUAAUGGCUCUUUAUAUGUUGAUUCGAGGCUGGCGGGUCCGGCUCUAUCACCGUAUUCCUACGGACCCUAAAGAAGAGGAAUGGUUUUCUGAAGAGUACGACCAUCUCCAGGCUGAGGUGGCUGAAUAA